AAUUGAAGUGUGUACAAAGCCGUCGGUCAAGCGUCAGUUAAAGAUAGCAAUGCCCCCGCCAACGUAACAAGCGGUAUUCUCAUAUUUUUAGUAAAUACCUAGUCCUUUUAAAAGCCAUGAAAACAUUUGCCAUAGUGAUUUUUGGAUUGAUUUUCGCCCAGUUAAACUACACGGCUAGUGGGUUAACUAAACUGAGUUUAUCCUCUAAAAGUGUAUCAUGGACAUUGGAAAACAAGAAUGGGACGAUCAAAGUGCCAGGGUCUGUUCCUGGAGGUGUCUACUCGGAUCUGAUAAAAGCCGGGGUCAUAGGAGACAUCCUCAAGGGCUUCAACGACGUGCUGACCAGAUGGGUUGCCUACGACACUUGGACUUAUACCGGGAUGUUCAACGUAACGGAAGAGCAGCUCAGUUCAGCAGUAGCGCACUUAGUCCUGCACGGCGUAGACACUUAUUCGCAGAUAAAGUUGAAUGACCAAGUACUUCACUAUACAAACGAUAUGUUCUUCAGAUACGUGCUUGACGUUAAACAGCACUUGAAGGUGGGGUCUAAUGAACUGAAGGUUAAAUUCUACUCACCUAUUGUGGCCGCUAAAGAGCGUUCAGAUGACCACUUCACGGCACCGAACUGUGUACCCCCGGAGUACAAUGGCGAGUGCCAUGUCAACCAAAUUAGGAAGAUGCAAGCGUCAUUUGCCUGGGAUUGGGGGCCAGCUUUCCCCUCAGUUGGUUUAUGGAAAGCAGUCGAAAUAGAAUUCUAUGAUACAGCAAUCCUAAGAACCAUGAUGGUACACUAUGUGAAGAGAGACAAGUAUUGGGAUUUGAUGAUAACUACCCUCAUAGAGUCGAAGAUGGUUGCCAGCCAAAUCAAUGUGACGGUCAAUGCGGGAAUUAAACUUGAAGGAGACCAGACAGAGCAUGUCCAGAGGAUGUUCACCGUGAACUCCAGGGGCGAUGGACACGCUGAAGCACGAAUAAACAUUACUAUAAGUGAGAAUACCGUAAGAUUGUGGUGGCCGAACGGUUACGGAGACCAGGCCCUUUACGACUUGUUUGUCAAAGUCUGCACCACUGGAGACCGCCCGGAGUGUUCUGCAAGACGUAAAAGAAUCGGGUUUCGUACGGUGAAACUCAUACAAGCUGAUGCCUCGACUAAAGUACCAAACAACAGCAGUGCUGGUCAUGGCUUGACCUUCUACUUCGAGGUCAACGGCUCGCCUCUGUUCAUGAAGGGCUCCAACUGGAUCCCGCAGCACAUCCUACCCGAAUACAGCUAUGAGAGAUCGCGGACAAAGCAGCUGCUGCAAGCCGCGGCCGACGUGCACAUGUCGAUGCUACGCGUGUGGGGAGGUGGUCUAUACGAGAGCGAUUACUUCUACCAGCUCUGCGACCAGUACGGCAUCAUGGUGUGGCAGGACUUGCCCUUCGCUUGCUCCAUGUACCCCGUAGACCAGGAGUUUAUUACCGCAGUCAAAUUAGAAGUAAUGCAAAAUGUCAUAGAGCUGCAAAGCCACCCGUGUAUUGCUGUGUGGUCAGGCAACAACGAGAACGAAGCUGCUUUGCGAGGCAACUGGUACAAGACCAGCUCAGAGUUCAACAGAUACCAGGCGGAAUAUGUAAAACUGUAUGUAGAGACAAUCAGACCCAUCGUGGAGGAUUUGGAUUGGAUGAAUCCGUACUUAGUUUCCAGUCCAUCUAAUGGAUUAGAGUCAGAAUCGGAGGGGUUCAUUGCCUUGAAUCCAUAUGAUCCUCAUUUCGGUGACACUCAUUAUUACAAUUACAUUGCUGACAACUGGAACGAUAAUACAUACCCUCUUACUCGAUUUGCUUCGGAAUACGGCUUCCAAUCUUUGCCAUCUUUGUCUACCAUGAGGCAGGCAGCUGAGAAGCCAGAAGACUUCAGUUUGCAAAGUGAAUACUCCAAGCAUAGACAACAUAGCCCGAACGGUUACAUGUUCAUUGAGUUACAGAUGGACAAGAGAUUGAAAUUGGAAAAGAAUGACACGAAGUACUUUGAGAAAUUCGUAUUCUAUAGCCAGGUUUCUCAAGCAAUGAUAAUAAAGACCCAGACGGAGUACUACAGACAGAGCCGCGAUUCUUGGUACACUAUGGGCGCUCUGUACUGGCAGCUGAACGAUGUUUGGCAAGCGCCCUCGUGGUCAGGCAUCGAAUACGGGGGCAAAUGGAAAAUGCUUCACUACUUUGCAAAGCGAUUCUUUGCGCCAGUAUUAAUAUCGCCCGCGCUUCUUUCCACGGGGGAUGUCGUCUUAUAUCUCCUUAAUGAUCGAUUGGUGCCGAUACUCAACGCUACAGUCUUAGUGCAAGUUUACAAAUGGGACAGUUUUACUCCCGUCUACAGUCAGAACUACAGCGCAUAUGCCCCGAAACUUAGUGCGGGAAGGCAACCAUACAAACUGAAUGUAAAGAAUACGGAUAUGAAGACGGUGUUUUUGAAAUUCACGCUGAUAGCAGAUGAGGUUCAAGCGCCGGUUAAUUUCGUGUUCCCUACACCGUUGAAGGAGAUUGAAGGGCUAAACAAACCUAAUAUCAAGAUUCAUGUUCACAGUCCAACAAAAGUUGGCAACGAAUACCGGUACCAAGUCGAGGCUGUCUCAGACACCAUAGUGUUGUUCCUUUGGUUGGAGGCGGACGAUAUAAGCGGUCAUUUUGAAGAUAACGGUUUUAUUGUAACCGAGCCCAAUAUCUCCACAUAUUUCAGUACCAAAAAGCACAUCGAGUCUAAAGAGUUGCAGAAGAAAAUAACGUAUCAAUAUUACUUGCAUUAAAGCAAUAAUUUAAGUUUU